GGACUUAAAUUGGAUUUGUUUCCUCGUACGUACGAGUCCUCAGCUUCACAUAUGAAUCGGAUUCGGAACUCCUGACAGUGUCGGAUUCGCCUCUCCGGGAGUCCAUAUAUGGUGGACGCUGCCUGGCCCAUGGACAUAGCGCAACGUACGUACACAUGUUUGGUUUCGAUCCCAUGGCGGCCGGCGGAAGGAGCGGCGGCGGCAGCGGGGUGCAUGCGGCGGAGAGGCUUCACAGGCUCGCCGAGCAGCGCUUCCUGGUCGGCGACGUGGCCGGGGCGCUCCGGGCCGCGCGGGAGGCCCAGGCGCGCUGCCGGUCGCUCCCGGGGCUCGCGCACGCCCUCGCCGCCUACGAGGUCCACGCCGCCGCGGCCGCCUCCCGCGCCAGCGGCAGGAACUGGUACGCCGUCCUCAGCUUCGGCGCCCGGACGUCGCUGCCGAGCGGCGGCGUCGGCGUCUCGCACGAGGACAUCAAGCGGCGGUACCGCCGGCUGUGCCUUACCCUGCACCCGGACAAGAACCGCUCCGCCGCCGCCAACGGCGCGUUCAAGCUGCUCCAGCAGGCGUGGGGGGCGCUCUCGGUCCGCCACCCGCCCGCUCCCCGCGACGCCGCGGCCACGGGAGUCACCAAGCCGCGCUCUGCCCCGACGCCGUCGCCGCGACCCCGCCCGCCGGCGCCUCCCACUCCUGCCUCGAAGCCCAGCGACCACAGCCAACCACCGUCUCCGGCCGCCAACAACGCGCACAGGGACGACGACAAGCGGCGAGCCGGCGCCGGCGACACGUCUCACAGCAGGCCACCGCCCACGCACCCAAGGCCGAGAGAGCCAGCGCGGACACGACGCGUCACACGUCGGCGUCUCACGCGAAGCCCGGCACUCACAGCCGACCACCGCCACCGGCCGCCUCCGCCGCCUACACGCCCAAGGACGAGGGAUCCGGCACGGACACGCACACGCCGCCGCGGCGCCAGGGGAGCAGGAGGUUCCCGUGCCCGGCGCGGUGCGUGCACUGCGGCGCGCGGUUCGCGUCGUCGACGGUGUCCGUGGGCACGUGGCACCUCCACUGCGCGGCCUGCCACAGGUACGCCAAGGUGUGCGUGCGCAGCCCCUCCAACGCAGAGAUCUGCAGGUGAAGAAGCUUCGACCACGACCAAGAUGGAGAGGGACGGAGCAGAUGAUGAUACCAUAUCCUAGCUGGUAUGCCAUUUUUAGUUCACUCGUCAAUGUUUCCUUGUAUGUUUCUCUUGUCAGGGGAGGAUGUGUAGGCUCUGCGUGCGUCUCUAGGUGUUCAUGUCUGAAAUCCUUGGCGCCAAGAUGAGGUGCUAUAUAAUCUAAUAGGUAGGAGAGGAGAGGAAGACAUGCUAUGUUCUCACUUGGUUCGGUCUUCAGUUGGUUUGUCAAUUUCCAGCACUACUCCUUGUUUAAUUUCAUUGUUGUUUCGCUCAGUGUCUUGUCCCAUCCCAGAGAAAUGAUCGAUGCAACGAUUUCAGUGGUAAAGCAGAUCCGCUCUCCCGGCUGGCCAAGAAGAGAGAGUACGAAGGAUCCUUAUGGGAACAGUUGAGUCUGAUCCAUCUUGCACAGAUCUCAGAAUGACAUCAACGUGCUUCAGUGCUCUCCGGUGUUUGCAAGGCUUGCAGAAGACAACUGCCCAGAGGUCAAUGUUGACAUCAAUGGCCACCACUACAACAAAGGAUACUACCUAACUGACGGUAUCUAACCUCAGUGGACUACUCUUGUGAAGAUAAUCCCUAACCCUGUAGGAGAGAAGAGGAAAAGAUUUGCCCAAGCACAAGAGAGUGCUAGGAAAUAUGUGGAGCGUGCCUUUGGUGUUCUUCAAUCUCGAUGGGGCAUCAUUCGGUAUCCGCACAAAUGCACGGGACACACCGCUAGUUUAUUAAAUAUUCAAGUAGGAACCAUGGCUACUGCAUGGCUAUCAUGCAAGUGGCUAUUGUGGCUUGCCUGGGGGUAAUGGAGACUCCGGGAAGAAGUGCGGUGAAGCCGCGGAACGAAACGCCGGACGUACUUCUCUCUCGAAGGGGGCUGAUUAAGGGAAAGGGCAUAAUGGUCAUUUUCACAGUGGGACGACCUAGUGAAAUGGUACCAACAGAAAGAUCUCGACGAGAUGAAGAAGUGGGCGUUGGUUUCACGUCGAUCGGAGUCCCGGUCGCGGAGAUACGAGUGUUUGAAGACCAGGGACCAAUCUGUAAUAAAAGUUACUACAAACAAGUCCCUGGGAGGAAAAACUGAAAGGGCCUUCGGCUGAUUGCGUUUUUUGAAAAGGAAAAUACAUUUAGAGUUAGAACUUGUAGCACCAAGAAGUUGUGGAAGGUAAUAACUGCUUGUGUAAUCAUGCAUAACAUGAUCAUAGAGGAUGAGUGUCCGGAUGGAAUCUACAACCAAUGGUUUCAGUUUCAGGGUAACAAUGUUGUGUCUGAGCAUGGAGGAGCGGCAAUGUUUGCACAGUUCACCGAAUUUCAUAAUCAAAUGCGUGAUUGGGAAACUCACAUUCAACUGUAAGAUGAUUUGAUUUAGCAUAUGUGGGCUCAUGUUGGUAACCAGUAGAUGUA